AUGUCGAGCUGGGCGUUCAAGAACACAGAGCAAAAAGUUCCCUCGUCUGAGGAACUGGAGACAAGCUUCACCAUCAAAGCCUAUCCAUCAACAGAUAUCUGGUCCAAACCCCCGGCGACUCACCGUUUCAAUGCGCCCAUCCUCCACAAGACCAUGCCGCUGGCUUCUUUCCAGCGAGCUCGCGUUCACGUCUCGGCAAAGUGGACGACACUCUACGACCAGGGAGGGCUAAUCCUUGUCGUUAACCGUAUGGACGGAGGUAACGCUGACGAAGGACGGAAAUGGAUCAAAACUGGAAUCGAGUUCGUGGAUGGCGUACCACGGUGCAGCACGGUUGCGAGAGAUCGAUGGGCGGACUGGAGUCUGGUGCCGGUUCCUGCUGCUGAUGAGGGCGUUGCUGGUAGUAAGGAGGAGGUUGGGGUCACGAUCGAGAUGGAGCGGCGAGUAAAGGACCAGACUCUGCGGGUGUAUAUGAUCAGAGACGACGGUGAGAGGGUGCCGAUGAGAGAGGUGACCUGGAUGUUUGAGGACGAAGAGAAGCUGGAGUGCUGGGUGGGAGUGAUGGAUGAUACCGCAGAGGCAGACAGGCUACUACAGGACACGGAUGAUGCGGAGGGAACGGAUGAACAGCUACAUAUCAGCCCAUACCCAUCCUCGUCAGGUAGUGAGGUUCAAGAAGGUGUCCGCAAGAUUGAAGCUAUCAGCAAAACAUGGACGGAGAAGUCUCUUAUAAUAGCAUACCUUGGUAUCUUCUUGAUGGCGUUCUGUACCUCGCUUGAAGGUCAGACCGUGUCGUCUCUAGCAGCCUAUGCUACAAGUUCGUUUAGCAAACACUCCCUCAUUUCAACUGUUCUGGUUAUUCAAGGCGUGGUUAAUGGUGAGCUCACCUGGUCAAUUCCCUACCCUGCCCAACCGAAAGCCUGA